AGGAAAGGGAUUAGAAGCACUUUGCAUUUACACACAACACAGGGCCUCGAAGACAUAAAUAAUAUCCUGUUCUUAAAAGCCAGAGAGCUCGACCAUGAGGCAUGAAAAGCAAAAUUGUCAAUGUGUAGGUCACAGUCUGUGUACAGUAUAUGUGUACAUGAUAGGCCCUUGAUUGUUCCAGCCUAGAGCUUCAUUUCCUGAUUAGGGAGGGAGCAGAGAAGGCAGAGAAAACUCCUUUCAGCUCUGCCUUAAAGGGAGACGCUAAAGAAAAGUAGAAAAAAAAAAAAACAACCCAGCUAUUCAGACACGCUGAGCUUGACGUAUCUGAGGGAUCUAGUGUGGAGUGUGGCCAGCCUGGAUUGAGGAGAUUGGGGCAUGUGAUACGACUUGUCAAACAAUUGCACUGUGACGGGCAUGCAGAGUUUUAAAGGAGCCCGCGCUGAGACAGUUUACGUAUAGAAAGGGAGGGAUGACAGAGUCCCCCUUAUAAUAAUCAUAAUAAAAAAUAGGUGAUCUCUGUAUUUACGUCUCACAACUUUAUCCCCCUGGAGAGUAAACAUAUGGAGUAGGUAACACUGAUUUUACAAGUGGAUUUUUUUGGGGGGAUCUAUUCAAAAAUGGAAAGAGAGCAAGCAGUGGCGGCAGGGGGUGAGGAUUCCCCUGGCAAAAACACAGAUUUGACCACUGGCAGGAAUUCAAAAAGGAAAGCCAAUGACCCCGACGAGGGCAAAAACAAGCCCAAACUGAACAUUCAUAUAAAAAGUUUGGCAGAUGAUGUGCGUGACAGGAUAACAAGUUUUAGAAAAUCCAAUGUAAAAAAGGAGAAACCUUUAAUUCAACAUCCCACCGAUUCUCAGAUAUCAGUGACAGAGUUUCCCGCACCUCAACAACUCUUUGAUGAGCGCUCAUUGAAUCUUUCUGAAAAGGAAAUUAUGGAUCUUUUUGAGAAAAUGAUGGAAGAUAUGAACCUGACCGAAGAACGUAAAGCACCAUUACGGCAGAAGGACCUGUCCAGGAAACAUGAGAUGGUCGUUCAGUAUAUUUCUGCAACUGCCAAAUCUAUAACUGGGAGUAAAGCGUUGGGUGGACUAAAAAACAGCAAACAUGAAUGCACAUUGUCUUCUCAAGAAUAUGUCCAUGAAUUACGAUCUGGAAUUACAGAUGAAAAACUUUUGAACUGUUUAGAGUCUUUGAGAGUGUCAUUGACAAGUAAUCCUGUCAGCUGGGUUAACAACUUUGGACAUGAAGGCCUGGGGCUUCUUCUUGACAUUCUGGAAAAGCUACUGGACAAGAAACAGCAGGAAAGCAUUGACAAGAAAAAUCAGCAUAAACUCGUCCAAUGCCUGAAAGCAUUUAUGAACAAUCAGUAUGGCUUGCAGAGAAUACUGGGUGAAGAGAGAAGUCUGCUAUUAUUGGCACGAACUGUUGAUCCAAAGCAAGCCAACAUGAUGGCUGAUAUACUGAAGAUACUCUCAGCCAUUAGCAUUGUGGGAGAAGAAAACAUCUUGGACAAACUUCUUGAAGCCAUAACCACUGCAGCAGAAAUGAUCAACAAAGAACGUUUUUCUUUCAUUGUUGAGGGGCUGGAGAAUCACGAGGCUCUCCAUUUACAGGUUGCUUGCAUGCAGUUUAUAAAUGCCCUUGUCACUUCCCCAGAAGACGUAGACUUUAGGAUACAUCUUAGAAAUGAAUUUUUGAGAGGCGGAUUGAAGCAAAUUUUACCGGAUCUAAAAGAGAAGGAGAAUGAAGAGCUUGACAUUCAGCUAAAAGUGUUUGAUGAGAAUAAAGAAGAAGACCUCUUGGAGCUAUCCCAUCGUCUCCGUGACAUUCGAGCAGAAAUGGAUGAUAUUAAUGAAGUUUACCAUCUCCUCUACAAUAUGCUGAAGGACACUGGCUCAGAACAAUUUCUGCUAUCUAUUCUACAGCAUUUCCUUUUAAUCAGGAACGACUAUUAUAUCAGACCACAGUAUUACAAAGUUAUCGAUGAAUGUGUUGGGCAAAUAGUUUUACAAUGUAGCGGAAUGGAUCCAGAUUUCAAAUACAGAGGUCGAAUGGAUGUUGAUUUUAGUCAUCUAGUAGAUACAAUUGUGGACAAAGCAAAGGUGGAAGAAAGUGAGCAAAAAGCUGCAGAAUUUUCCAAGAAGUUUGACGAAGAGUUCACCGCACGACAGGAGGCGCAAGCUGAGCUUCAGAAACGAGAGGAGAAAAUCAAAGAGUUAGAGACAGAAAUGCAGCUUCUAAAAUCACAGGGUGUUAAGCUUCCAAAUGUCCCAUCAGCAGCUGGUGGACCUCCGCCUCCACCACCACCGCCUCUUCCUGGAUGUGCAGCCCCUCCACCUCCACCACCUCCUCCACUACCUGGUGGAAUCCCACCUCCACCACCACCUCCAGGAAUGGGCCCCCCUGGAGCUCCUCCUCCCCCACCCCUUUUUGGAGGUCCUCCACCACCUCCACCUUUUGGAGGGAUUCGGGCUCCCCCAGCUCCUGUUGCUGUAGUUUUACCAUAUGGAAUGCGGCCAAAAAAGCAGUACAAGCCAGAGGUCAACAUGAAAAGGAUAAACUGGUCAAAGGUCGACCCACAGGAACUGACAGAGACUUGUAUUUGGGUCAAAGCUAAAGAAGAGAAAUUUGAGUAUCCAGACCUUUUUUCAAGAUUGACCCAAACGUUUGCAACACAUAUGAAAGCUAAGAAAGCAAUAGAAGAAGAAGUAGAGAAAAAGCCUGCACAAACAAAGAAGAAAGUCAAAGAGCUGAGAGUUCUGGAUAGUAAAACCGCUCAGAAUCUGUCAAUCUUCCUAGGAUCUUACCGCAUGGAGUAUGAUGAAAUAAAGCACAUCAUUUUAGAAGUGGAUGAAGAGAAGCUGUCUGAAUCUUUAAUUCAAAACCUCAUAAAGAACCUUCCAGAGCAGAAGGAGCUCAGUGCUUUGUCACAGCUGAAGAGCGAGUAUGAAGACUUGUGUGAGCCGGAGCAAUUUGGUGUUGUGAUGAGCUCAGUAAAAAUGCUUCGGCCCCGCCUCCAUGGAAUCCUGUUCAAACUGACAUUUGAUGAGCAUAUUAGCAACAUCAAGCCUGACAUCAUUUCUGUAACAAUAGCAUGUGAGGAGAUGAAGAAAAGCGAAAACUUCAAGAGGAUGAUAGAGUUGGUUCUUCUUGUUGGAAAUUACAUGAAUUCUGGUUCCAGAAACGCCCAGUCCCUUGGUUUUAAUAUUAACUUUCUAUGCAAGAUCCGAGACACAAAAUCCUCUGACCAGAAAACCACAUUGCUGCAUUUCCUAGCUGAAAUCUGUGAAGAAAAGUUUCGAGAGGUCCUCAAAUUCCCAGACGAGCUUGAACAUGUAGAGAGUGCAAGCAAAGUUUCAGCGCAGAAUCUUAAAGCUAACCUUGACUCGAUGGAGCACCAGAUCAAGCGGCUGGAAGGAGACAUCAAAAACUUCCCCAAAACUGACAACAUAAACGAUAAGUUUGUAGAAAAAAUGAAUACCUUUGCAAAGAGUGCCCGGGAGCAAUACGAGAAGCUUUCCAACAUGUACAACCACAUGAACAAACUGUAUGACAACUUGGGGGAAUACUUCACCUUCGAUCCCAAAGCUGUAAGCGUAGAGGAAUUCUUUGGAGACAUAAGCAGUUUCCGCUCCCUUUUCCUGGAAGCUGUCAAAGAAAACAACAAGAGAAGAGAGAUGGAAGAGAAAAUGAAAAGAGCAAAGAUAGCAAAGGAGAAAGCGGAGCGUGAAAAGUUGGAGCGACAGCAGAAAAAGAAACAGCUUAUGGACAUCAACAAAGAGGGUGACGAGACAGGAGUGAUGGAUAGUUUGCUGGAAGCCUUGCAGUCAGGCGCUGCAUUCAGGGAUCGUAGGAAACGAAUGCCGAAAAACAACGAUAAUCGUCAAGUUGCUUUGGAAAGGUCUCGCUCUCGGCAUCAUGGGAAAAUGGUAGCUGUAUGAUUUUUAAAAUGCCCAAAAGGAAUUUGGCGACUUAUUCUUCCAUGAAGUUACAGGAACAUCACAGAGCGUGCAGAAAGUGGAAGAAAUGUCAUCUUAAUUUAAAAAAAGACAGAUAAAUGAAAACUUCCAAAUAUUUAAGAGAGUAUUGUUUUGCCUUGUGUUGCCUAACUACUAAAAACAUAUAAGUAUAUAUAUAUAUAUAUAUAUAUA